AUGAAUAACCGUAUUCAAAAAGCUUUAACAGCUAAUGAAAAAAAUUUAGUUAUAUCUGUUUAUAAUUAUUUAAAAAACAAUAAACAAUAUAUAAAAUUUCCACAUUCUUUUAAUUUACGUGCUGAAGUUUCUAAAGCUACUGGUAUUUCUGAAUCUACGAUUGGAAAUAUUCUUGCAAAAAAAAAUAAAAAUAUUGAAAUUGUGGACUCAAAACAAGGACAUCGACCUUCAAAAGAAAUUCAACCAGAAAUUAGAAAUAAACUGCGUGAAUUGAUUUAUGAUGCAAAUAAAAAUGGAAAGCUUCUUACUUUGAAAAUUCUUU